AUGCAAGUCGACAAUGUACAAGAGACCGUGGAGGCAAUCAAGCAUGGAGAAAUCGACGAGUCUCUAUACAGUCGCCAACUGUACGUUCUUGGCCACGAGGCCAUGAAGCGCAUGGGCUCGUCCAAUAUUCUCAUCGCUGGACUGAAAGGUCUAGGUGUUGAAAUUGCCAAAAAUAUCGCCCUGGCCGGUGUAAAGUCGCUUACCCUUUAUGAUCCUACACCCGUCGCCAUCUCCGAUCUCUCCUCGCAAUUCUUCCUGCAGCCACAAGAUGUUGGCAAGCGCCGUGCUGAUGUGACCGCACCCCGCGUCGCCGAACUAAAUUCAUAUGUGCCCGUUACGAUCUACGAGUCGGACAGCCUCACCACUGAUCUGUCUCAAUUAAAACGUUUCCAGGUCGUUGUACUCACAAACACCUCGCUCAAAGAUCAACUUGUGGUUGCAGACUAUUGUCAUGAACAUGGUAUUUACGUCGUUGUUGCCGACACGUUCGGUCUUUUUGGAUACAUUUUCAACGAUUUUGGAAAGAACUUUACAGUUGGUGAUGCCACUGGUGAAGACCCAGUGGGCGGUAUAGUUGCUGGGAUCGACGAGACUGGUCUCGUUUCAGCCUUGGACGAGACCCGACAUGGCUUAGAGGAUGGUGAUUACGUUACAUUCACAGAAGUCAAGGGAAUGGAAGGACUCAACAACAGUGAUCCGCGCAAGGUCACCGUCAAAGGACCCUAUACAUUCUCUAUUGGCGACGUCUCUGGCCUCGGCAAGUACCAGGGCGGCGGUCUGUACACACAAGUCAAGAUGCCCAAGUUCCUCGACUUCCAGCCGCUACGAGAACAAUUGAAGAAGCCAGAACUUUUAAUCCCUGAUUUCGCAAAAUUCGAUCGUCCCGCACAGCUGCACAUCGGUGUGCAGGCUCUCCAUCAAUUCGCCGAUGCUCACAACGGUGAAUUCCCUCGCCCUCACCAUGAAGCCGAUGCGGAGGAGGUAUUGAAGAUUUCCAAAGACUUGGCAAGCCAGACCGAGGAUAAAGUUGAGCUGGAUGACAAACUCAUCAAGGAACUUAGCUACCAGGCGCGUGGUGAUCUCAAUCCUCUUGCGGCUUUCUUUGGUGGUCUGGCUGCUCAAGAAGUCUUGAAGAGUGUCUCUGGAAAGUUCCACCCUGUCGUUCAGUGGAUGUAUUUCGACUCUUUGGAAUCCCUACCAGAGUCUGUGACUCGCUCCGAAGAGGCUUGCAAGCCUCUUGGUACUCGUUAUGAUGGUCAAAUCGCCGUCUUUGGAAAGGAGUUCCAAGAUAAGAUUGCUAAUCUGAACACUUUCUUGGUCGGAGCCGGAGCUAUUGGUUGCGAGAUGCUCAAGAACUGGGCUAUGAUUGGUCUUGGUGUUGGCGCAAAGGGCGGAAUUCGAGUUACUGAUAUGGACCAGAUCGAAAAGAGCAACCUUAACCGUCAAUUCCUCUUCCGACCCAAGGACGUUGGCAUGCUGAAGAGUGAUUGCGCGUCCGCCGCGGUCCAGGCUAUGAACCCAGAGUUGAAUGGAAAGAUAACGACAUUGCGAGACCGUGUUGGUAACGAUACCGAAGAUAUUUUCAACGAACAAUUUUGGAGCGAGCUUGACCUCGUCACUAACGCGUUGGACAAUGUCGAUGCCCGAACAUACGUUGACCGUCGUUGUGUCUUCUUCCGUAAGCCAUUACUUGAAAGUGGAACUCUCGGCACAAAGGGAAAUACGCAGGUCGUUCUUCCUCACAUUACUGAAUCCUACUCCAGUUCUCAGGAUCCUCCUGAAAAGUCAUUCCCGAUGUGUACGUUGAAAAGUUUCCCCAAUCGCAUUGAACACACAAUUGCCUGGGCCCGUGACCUCUUCCAGACAUACUUCGUUGGUCCUCCUGAGAGUGUCAACUUGUAUCUUACGGAACCAAACUACAUUGAGAAGACUCUCAAACAGGCUGGAAAUGAGAAGCAGACUCUUGAGAAUCUUCGGGAUUUCUUGGUGACCGACAAGCCUCUCAGCUUUGAUGACUGUAUCGUCUGGGCGCGUAACCAGUUCGAAUCCCAGUACAACAAUGCCAUUCAACAAUUAUUGUAUAACUUCCCUCGCGACUCUGUCACAUCCUCUGGACAGCCCUUCUGGUCUGGUCCAAAGCGCGCCCCUACCCCUCUGAAAUUUGACAGCUCUAACCCUACUCAUCUUGGUUUCAUUAUUGCUGGAGCGAAUCUGCACGCAUUCAACUACGGAAUCAAACCUCCUACAACCGACAAGGGAUACUUCAAGAAGGUGGUUGACGAUAUGAUCAUCCCUGAAUUUACGCCCAGUUCAAACGUCAAGAUCCAGGCUGAUGACAAUGAUCCUGACCCAAAUGCUCAGUCUGGACCUAUUGACGAUAAUGAAGAGAUUCAGAAACUUGUGGACUCUUUGCCGGCUCCAAAGUCUCUGGCUGGGUUCCGCUUAGCCCCUGUCGAAUUUGAGAAGGACGAUGAUACCAACCACCACAUUGACUUUAUCACCGCAGCAAGCAACCUGCGUGCUGAGAACUACGAUAUCCCACAAGCGGACCGACACAAGACCAAAUUCAUCGCUGGAAAGAUUAUUCCCGCUAUUGCAACUACGACGGCUCUUGUGACUGGUUUAGUGGUUCUCGAACUGUACAAGAUUAUUGAUGGCAAGACCGACAUUGAAAAGUAUAAGAAUGGCUUUAUUAACCUGGCAUUGCCAUUUUUCGGUUUCAGUGAACCCAUCGCCAGUCCUAAGGGCAAAUACCAGGGCAAGAACGGCGAGGUGACGAUCGAUAAGCUGUGGGAUCGAUUUGAGGUGGACGACAUUCCUCUGCAAGACUUUUUAAAGCAUUUCUCGGAUCUUGGUCUGGAGGUGACCAUGAUCAGCUCUGGAGUCAGCUUGCUAUAUGCCAGCUUCUAUCCACCAUCCAAGCUUAAGGACCGUUUGCCUUUGAAAAUGUCCAAACUCGUGGAGCAUAUUAGCAAGAAGCCUGUUCCAGAGCACCAAAAGAACGUCAUAUUCGAGGUGACAGCCGAGGAUCAGACGGAAGAGGAUGUGGAGAUUCCAUAUGUGAUGGUGAAGUUGUAA